UGCUCUCCAUUUUUUGAAGCUCUGUUUCUCUUUUCUUUUCCUUCUCUUCCCCACCCCCAUUAAUCGUUUUGAAUUUGAUCUUCGAAAAGGCUUCUUCAUAUUACAAGCUUUGUUGUAACUUACAAAGAUCCGUGAUAGAAGAGGUAAAGAUGGUUUCUUUGCAAGGACCGGUGAUUUGCCCUGCCGUUCGUAGCAAGCAAGUUGGUGUCUAUACGUUGCCGUUUAAUGGGCCUUCUCCGAGGGCAAGAUUGCAUGGAAGUGAUUUAUGGGGUUAUAGAGGGAUAACUGACGGAAAGUGUAAGCCGCGUGGCGUUUCCGGUCACCUGAAGCUACGCAAGUGCAACACCACGGUGCAGUGUAUUUUCAGUUCAUCCUCAGAUGGGAAUGGAAGCAUGGCUGAGAAUUUCAAUGAAAACAAUGAAGAUUAUGUUAAUUCCAGUGUGGUUGAGGCUGUUGAGGUGAGGAAUGGAGCUGGUGGAUUUAUGAUCAAAAUGAGGGAUGGUAGUCAUUUAAGGUGUGUCCAUAACUAUCCCCAAGGCGGGCAUAUGCCGGAUUAUGAACCACAUCCUGCCAUCGUUCUGAAGAUGGAAGACGGAACCGGUCUUCUUCUCCCAAUCAUUGUUUUGGAGAUGCCGAGUGCAUUACUCAUGGCAGCAGUGUGUAAUGUUCAAAUCUCUAGACCUACUAUGUAUCAAGUAGUAAAGAACAUGAUUGACAAGAUGGGCUACUCGGUAAAACUUGUCAGAGUUACUAAGAGAGUGCACGAGGCCUAUUUUGCGCAGUUGUAUCUCACCAAGGUGGGUGAUGAGACAGAGUUGGUCACUUUUGAUCUUCGGCCUUCAGAUGCCAUCAACAUUGCUGUGAGAUGCAAGGUACCUAUACAAGUGAACAAGUACUUGGCAUACAAUGAUGGUAUGCGUGCAAUUGAAGCAGGGAAGCUGUCGAUGCAGUCCCCAGCUUCAGGUGACUUAUUAUUCACCGAACUGGAUCGGCCGAGUGGUCAGUAUUGCCUCGAUACGGAGGAGUUCAACAUUGUCUCCGACUUAAACAAGGCUGUUAAUCAGGAGCGCUACAAGGAUGCUGCCGACUUGAGAGACAAACUUGGCGAGUUUCGUGCUCAAAGGAACUUGAAGAAGUAUGCAUAACAGUUGUUGCGUCGACAACUUCAAAUGUAAAUAGGAAUUAUUGUUGGAAGCUGAUAAACUUGGUGGUGGUGACAUGCAACGGCGAAACAAUCAGUUCAGCUAUAUUUAUGGCUUCAUCUGCAAAAUAUGUAUUUAAUGUAAAUCUGUGAAUGUAUAUAUGUACAUAUAAGAAA